GGCCCCACUGUGACGAACUGGGAAUGUUCUUAAUGUUUGCUCUGAAUACUGUGUUGGUGCCUCAGUGUCCCCUAUGCAGUUCUUAAUAUCUAGGUGGUGGAAUAAGGGUGUGUGAUUGCUACAGAGGAAGGGGCCAGUGCACCUAAAUGCCUGGCACUCUGUCUCCUAGCAACUGAUGGCCUGGGCCCCUCCCCUGCAAAGGUGCCAGCUGAAGGUGUUAGAGACAAAGGGAUCAGGUGACCUCCUGGCCCGGGAAAGGAGCUGAGCAGAGAGGAGGGGCUGGGAGGGGGGUUGUUAGUCUGGAGCUGGCUGGGGUCAAGGGUGGAGGGCAGACCUGGGGGUCUGGCUCACUGCCCCCAGAAUGGACCCAGCCGAGGGGUCCGGUUCGCUGUACCUACAAGCUCUGUUUUAGACCCUGUUCCUGUCAUCGGAUAAACCUCUGUUUUACUGGCUGGCUAAGAGUCACGUCUGACUGCAAAGUGGGGGUGCAGGACCCAGUGGCUUCCCCAGGACCCCGCUGGGGUGGACUCGCUGUGGGAAGCGCACGGAGGGGCAGAGGAUGCUGAAUGCUCCAAGGAGAGACCCAGGAGGUGAAGACGUGUGAGCUUCUUGCCCUGAACAAGUCUGCUCCAAGGGAGAGGAGGCUCCCCAAAGUCCUAGCUGGCUUGGUGGGGAGCAGUUCCGGAGCAUCGCCCGGGGACUCCGUGACAACUGGUGGCAGCGGCGGGACGUACUGCACCCCGUGAAUGGCGCUGCUUGCAGUAAGUGACUGGGGAGCAGUAAAACAAAGGAGGGAUAAUGAGGACCAGGCGUGCUGAAGGCUCAGAGAGGGACGGUUUCAGGGGUCAGUUAACCUCUGGGAGUGUGUGACCAGCGAGAAGGACUGUUGGAGUAAUGGGGUCCCCCUGAGGACUGCAGCGAGCAGUCUCAGGGGCGGAGGAGCUUGCCGCUCGACCCUGGGAGAGAGAAGGAUUUUUGCAGUAGCAGGGUUCCCCGGGGGAUUGCAGGAGCAGUCCCAGGGGCGGAGGAGUCUGCAGCUCGACCCUGGCAAAGAGGUGGUGAUCACGAGAAGGGCUGGCACACCAGGGGUUCUUCCUGGAAACCAUGGGGGAGCCAAGAGCACACAGGCCUGUGAGUCCAGAGCCACUUGGGAACGGUGAAGUGAUGGCCUAUCACCAUCUCCUUGAGAAGGACAUUGUGAUCCUGUGCACAAAGAGAGGGUUACGCAUGGGGAAAUUCACCAAGGCACAGUUAAUCGUGCAGUUGAAGGAGAAGCACCGCUCUGAGGAGCAGAUUCCUGGCCCAGAUGGGGCUACAAGAGGAUCUGAGAGCCGCUGGAGCAUCAGCCAGGCAUCCCCGGGAGUCUGGUCCCCAAUCAGACGAGGGUCUUCAUGAUUGGGUUCCCCAUCAGGAGAUUGGAGACGGAUGGGAUGGGAGCAGAGCCCGAGAGAGCGAGAGGACCAUGAGAGAAAGGAAGAGCUCGAGGAAAAGCUGCAGAAGAAGCAGCAGCAGCGUGGACUGGUGAUGGUGGAGCAGAGAGACAUAGGGGGCUGCCCAGGGGUCAGUGGGGAAACACGCCUGCAGGGGCGAGACCCUGGGACAGAGAGAACUGUGGUGGUGCAGCCCCAGAUGCUGAGGGACUGUGGGACCUGGGUGAAGUUCCCUGGGGUGAGGCCCCUCGGCCUGCCUAUGGCCCAGAUCCCUGUGCAGACCCAGGAGGGGUCGGGCUGGCUGGUAGUUGGGGUUCUCCAGGAUAUCGGCUGGGAGGCCCUGUUGGGGGGUGACUGUCUCCCCAUGGGACAGGAUCCAGGCCCCGCUCCUGUAACGGCCGAGGGUUUGAAUUCAAAUCCAGGGAACCAAUUGGCUAGGAUGGAAAUGGUCAGUGAAAAUUCAAAUGACCUGGCUGGCAGGGGGGAGGGGCUGCUGGGCUCAGGAUACCUGCCUACCUAUAACCAGCCCCCUGGGGCUGAGUGGGAGGGAGAGAUGCUCCCCGCCCCCCUGCACACCGGAGAGGGGGCUCACACUGGCUCUGAUGCUGUGACCAGAGCAGAGAGCUCACUGCCUGCCUCCACUGGGACAGCAAGGGCAGUGCUGAGCACGGGGGGAGCUGAGACCCCAGCUGAGUGCGGGGACACCCAGGCAGGGCAGGUCAGCUGCCAAACAGGUUUGCCUGGUCCAGACGUGCUGCUGGGAAGUGAUUACACAGCAGGGAGGGAGCUACCAGGGACAGGGCUCAGGGGGGCUGUGACCCCAGGCCCAGCCAGCGGGAGGGGGCAGGUCCCACUCCCUGCCCCAGCUGCUGAAUCCCAGACCGAGCUGCAGAAGGAUCCCUCCUUGGAGAAGCUGAGAGAACUUGCUGGCCACAGCGCUGCAAACCCCCUUGGGGAAGGCUGCAGGGACAGAGUCCUGCAAGAGAAGGGAUUCCUGUACCGGGAAUGGGCUCCCCAAGGGGAAGUAGAACUGGGGGGAAUCGGGAGACAGCUGGUGGUGCCCCAGGAAUCCACAGGGUUCUUCCCUUUCGAGCUGCUGGAUGGGAGGAGAGUGAGGGGACCCCUGAACCUGGAGAGAGAGGUCAGGGAUAUGCUGGCUUUAGAUGGGAUCCAGCCAUUUUACAGCCCAUGGGCCUCACCCGUGGGGCUGAUCCCCAAGCGAGACAGGAUGAUCUGGUUUUAUGGGGGCUAUCAGAAGCUUAAAGCCAUCACAGUGUCCGAUGCCGACCCCAUGCCUAGGCCUGGGGAGAUUCUAGACAAGCUGAGAGGGAUGGAGAACUUGGCCCUGGCAGACACUGAUAACAUGUGCAUCUUUAGCCAGACCUGGGAGGAACAGGUGUCCCAGGUGAAGAGGGGGCUGGGCUGCCUCAAGGAGGUGGGACUGACGGUAAAAGCUGGAAAGUGCAAGGGGGGAUGGCAGAGGUGUUGUGUCUGGGCCACAAAGUGGGAAGCGGCUGCCCAAGCCCAGAGCUGGCAAAGGCCAAGAUGGGGGCUCUUAACCAAGGGAGCCCGAAUCACAGACCAGAGUGCUGGGAAAAGACCCAAUCCCAGCUUGAAGCCCAGGGGUACUGGGGUGGUAAAGGGUGUGGGCUGCAUAAACGUUCCCACAUGCGGCCUGCAAGUGCCAUCAAGCACACCCGACCUAAGGGAGGGCGUAAGACUGGACUGUCCUGGUGUAACUCACACCAAGGAAUGGGAGAGAUGCUGGGGCAUCCAUGGGAACCUUGGUGGGUUCGAACUUCCCCAGGUCACUGGCUGGAGUGACCUCGCUCAGUUCGGUCUCGAAGGGGGGAGAGAUGUGACGAACUGGGAAAGUUCUUAAUGUUUUCUCUGAAUACUGUAUUGGUGCCUCAGUGUCCCCAUGGCAGUUCUUAAGUAUCUGGCAGAGCAAAGGGCCAGUGCACCUAAAUGCCUGACCCUCUGUCUCCUAGCAACUGAUGGCCUGGGCCCCUCCUCUGCAAAGGUGCCAGCUGAAGGUGUUGGAGACAAAGGGAUCAGGUGACCUCCUGGCCCGGGAAAGGGGCUGAGCAGAGAGGAGGGGCUGGGAGGGGUUGUUAGUCUGGAGCUGGCUGGGGUCAAGGGUGGAGGGCAGACCUGGGGGUCUGGCUCACUGCCCCCAGAAUGGACCCAGCCGAGGGGUCCGGUUCGCUGUACCUACAAGCUCUGUUUUAGACCCUGUUCCUGUCAUCGGAUAAACCUCUGUUUUACUGGCUGGCUAAGAGUCACGUCUGACUGCAAAGUGGGGGUGCAGGACCCGGUGGCUUCCCCAGGACCCCGCUGGGGUGGACUCGCUGUGGGAAGCGCACGGAGGGGCAGAGGAUGCUGAAUGCUCCAAGGAGAGACCCAGGAGGUGAAGACGUGUGAGCUUCUUGCCCUGAACAAGUCUGCUCCAAGGGAGAGGAGGCUCCCCAAAGUCCUGGCUGGCUUGGUGGGGAGCAGUUCCGG